ACGACUGACUUCAGGUUCCUUAGAUCCAUAAACCCACCCACCGGAAAAGCCGUGGGUGAUGUCAAGCGACCCGAAUACCCGAAAUCACAUCCGGCCUCGAUGGAUACGGAUCAACAACCACCACCUCCCCUCGUGUUUCACGUAUCCUGUUUUACGUGUUGUGUAUGUCAACAGCCGUUGGCUGCUGGCGAUCCCUACACUAUUGAUCCACGAUCCAAUCGACCGAUUUGUCGAACCGACUAUUUGUCCAGUCGAGAUACCUCGGAAGCCAGUGCUCCCCGUAGCGAUUCAUCCGUAUCACGCCGUCGAGUUCGUCCCGAUCGUCCCACCUCAAAAAUGCCUGAUCGUCCUAAUCCCAGUCCGGUCGGUCGGACGAGUGAAAUUUCAAUCCCCAUGGAAUCGCAUUAUGAUCCGGGCAACACGAAUUCACUCACAUGUCAUAGCAAUAAACGUAUCCGGACAUCGCUUACAGACGAGCAACGGUUACACUUGCAAAAAGCAUUUGAAGUGAACCCCCGACCUCCGAAACCGGUGAGUCACGAGGUACAGAAAAAAUACAUGGAAAUGGGGAAAAUAGAGAACACGGAGAACGAAUGUAUAAAUGAAAAAAAAUCAUGGAUAACCCUUCACAUCCAUAACAUCAAGAUCUUAUCAAGUGUGUUUCCUCCUCUUCCACCCGGCCCCGUUAUAAGUGUAUAUUUGCUCGUACGACCGCUUUUCGGUCUUCUGUGGUACCCUAUCUUGCCCGUUUUCUUGUCAGCGCAGAAACCAUUGCUUCGGACCUUUACUCGCUUAUCUCGUAAAUUGUUUUCAUUUUCACUGCUCACGAUAAUUAUGUUAUAA